AAGUUAGUCAUGUGACCACAACUCGUCUUCUCGCAGACCGAAACAACAUAAAGACAAAAAUUGAGCAAAAUCCGGCAGUUUGGAGCCGUUUAAAGCCUCAAAAUUGCUUCAAAAAAGCAGCGGCUUAUGGACAGCGACGAGGAAGACUUUUCGUACGAGGAGGAAGACGAUGAGGGCGACGAUAGCUGCGAUUUUGGCGUUGAUGCAGACGAGGGUUUCGACUCGACUUACGAUAUGCCAAACACUGCGAGUGGAGCCGACGAUAUUUUUACAUACGAAGUACUGACUCCCGACACGAUUGUAUCCUAUAUGAACACGAUAAUCGACGAAGUAGACGCCGUUUUUCAGGUACGAAUUUUAAAGCUUAAAUGUCGCGGGCGAAACUACAAAAACGCAUCAAUGAUUUGUUCAAUAAUCCUGCUAGGUAUUUGUGCUGUGUAUUCGGGGUUUAUAAAGCUAGACAACAAAAAAAUGUAGCUUUGAAAUUGAUGUUUAGUCUAUUAUUUUGAGAGGGAAUUCCGUCUUGGGAUUCUGGUGUAAAUAUUUGGGGUUUUUCUGCUACAUUUUUUUUGUAACAACUACGUACAAUUAUUUCAUAAUCAUAACAGAUUAGAUGGCAAAGUUGAUAUUGCCAACUAUUAAUACUUGCCCAAAAGUAGUUGUCCUUUUGGCAGCUUGUAUAGAAACGAUUUAAAACGCAAAUUAAAUCUUUCUACAUGUAGCUGUGAAAUGGAAUUUGAAUCUGCCAGCUUGUGUAUUUGUUAGGAGACUAAAUUGACAUAUGCAGUGAUCAAUGUCUCUAAUGCUAAAUUUUUAAUAAUUUAUUAACUCUUGACGAAUAUCAAGUCAAGGUUAGCAACAUAACUGAUCUUUCCGAAGAUUAAAGUAUUUGCUGAAAAACUGAUUACAAGUCAACCUUCAAGCUGAGUAAAAUCAUCUGACGUAAGGCGGAGUUACUGGAGUAAACAGAAAUUGAAAGAAACUCUCUAGAAGCCUGACAUGAUUUGGUCAUUUUUAGCGAUUAACCAAUUAUUCUCGAGGAUGACUGGCACCCCUCGACCAGUAAAAUUGUGUGGUUUUAGAUAGAGUAACAUAAAUAACCCAUUGAGCAAAAGUGCUCUCUGCUUGACGAGCAAAAGCAUGUGUGGCAUUGGACAGUGAAAUAAUAAAGCAGGGCACAGCAAUGGGCAAUGCAGCUUAUUGGGUUAGAAGAAAGGCUCAUCGAAGUUUAACCCAUUGAGUUGCAUUGCACUCGACUUUAUUACUUCAAUCUGGCUAACACUAGACGAUUUAGUCGUCAAAGUGCUGGCGCUCAAUGGGUUAUCCCAUGCCCAUUUAUAAUUAUCUAACCCAGAAUAUUUGUUCCACAUCUUCUUGACCAAUCAGAAGCCAGGAAAACAUACGGAGACAAACACGUAAUUUGCAACUGCAAUUUAGUUUGUUUACUGACUUUUAAAAUCCCCUUCUGCAAGAAAAUCUAUGUAAAUAAUCUGCUUGAGUUGCAUAUAAAAUUACAGUUGUAUUAAUUAUUUGUACUUUGUGAACAGAUGUUUCUAAUAAUAAUUCAAAAAUUCUACAGCUAAUGUUUAGUAAUCUUGACAUUUUACUGUCGUUCCAAUUGAAGUGUUGCUGAAAUAUUGAUUCAAUACAUUACCUCGGGCUGACCAAUUCAUUUCAUCAAGUUCCUCGAGAUAUUCAUACACUUCCUAGUAUAAUUGUAAACUUCCUGUUGAAUAGUUUGAAUGCACCAAUCACCUUUGGUUGUUUGUGCAACUAACCAAUCAUAAAUAGAAAGGAAGUGACCAGAAAUGAUCAAAUACUUGGAAUUGGCUCUUUCACAGGAAGUGUAUGAAUAUGUCAAGGAACUUGAUCAAAUGAAUUGGUCAGCCCGAGGUAAUGUAUUGAAUCAAUAUUUCAGCAACACUUCAAUUGGAACGACAGUAAUAGUACCGUACUCUAGAUAAACUAAUAUAUUACACUUUUACAUGUAUAUUAUGCCUUGUAAUUAUGCUCUAUGUAAUCUAAAGAUAAUUACAAUGUACGGAAAUGUAUACACUAUAUUGGGGUUCAUGACGCCAUCUUUCCAAGUGGGGCAAACACAAUAUAGCAAUAGACACUGGGGACCAGUGUUUCCUAAAGAAUUAACCCAUUGCGUGGCAGCUGUAUACAAAGUAAAAUAAUAGAGGGCCACAGGUUUUUCAGUUAUAUUGCUGUCAUGUGUUUUUACCCUCGUUAAAUAAAGUUGUUCAUUAAUUCAAAGUAGGGCACAUUGGGUUAAUGGUGCAUAAUAGAUUUGAACUUGGCUUCACGCUUAUAAUACUAGAGUAGAGCUGAGGCAGAAAGCAGUAGAGCUGAGACAGAAAGCAGUAGAGCUGAAAGAGAAAGACUCUACUAACAGUUUCAAAAAAUGUCGUAAAACGUGGCUUUUUAUUGAAGCCUUCUCUUAGUUUUGACUUAUUUAAUACUGUGGUAUUAAAACUGUGUUAGUUUUUUAGUACUAUAAUUUUAAUAUAAUUCUAAUACUGCCAUAUAUCUAAUAUCUAAUGUAAUUUAAGUUGGUAACUUUAUACAUAAUUCUUAAACUUGUAACAUAGACUAUACAUUAUUAUUUUUACCAUUCUACUCUUGUAAAGCACUUUUGAACUUUUUAGGAAUAGCGCUGUAUAAAUGUAAAUUUAUUAUUAUUAUUACUAGAAAACUUAGAAAACUAGUUGAAAACAAGCCUUACUUUCCAUUGCUUUCUUUAGCUUACAAGACCGGUUGCAAGAAUUCUGCUGGGCCAUUUUAAGUGGGAUAAAGAAAAACUCCUCGAAAGGUAGUUAGCAUUAUAAUUGUAUUAACCAAGAGAAUCAGGAGAAUCACGUAACAAGCAACGUUUUUGUCAACAUAGACUUCAGAUUGCGGAGACGGAACUGGAUUAAAAAAAAACGUGUUUGCGUAUAUGACAAAACUUAGGAUUUUUAAAUUCUUCUGUGUUGACAAAAACGCCCUUCGUCAUCCUAGGCCCUUCGUCACAAAGUUAGUUGUGGGACGUUAGAUAGCUACUAACUUUAGGGAAGUUAGUUCAAUGAAGGUCCUUGACUUGAAACAUCGAAGUGCCCCUUUUCAGGUAGGUGUAUCCCUGUCAAUCCAAAGCUUGUAUUAUUGCCACUACUUACGCUGGAACAGAUCGGCCAACUAUUUUCCUAGAUCCUUGACACUGUGAUUUUUCAAUGUGAUUAGAAGCGAACUUUCUCUAAGCCUCAUUUAAAUGUAAUAAAUAAUUUUCUCUUUAGUAACGACCAGAAGGCUUUUUUUUAUAACAAAUUUAAUAAAUUGUAACAACGUUUCGGAGUUUACUCCAUCAUCAGGUUACAUUUCACUACAGGGUUUUUUUAGUGCGUAUAAAUGUAACCUGGUGAUGGAGCAAACUCCGAAACGUUGUUACAAUUUAUUAAAUUUGUUAUAAAAAAAAGCCUUCUGGUCGUUACUAAAAAGAAAAUUAUUACUGUGAUUUUCAUACCUUGUUCUAGAUAUUAUUGUGGAGACCAAGAGAAGUUGUUUAAAGACGCUCACCUAGUCAAUCCCCUGGCACAAUCUACUUUGAACAAAGUGCAGAGAUUAUCUCGCUCAAAUUCUGGUUCGACAAGUAGCGCCUUCUGUGAUAUAUGCCUUCAGGUUUCAACUAAUAUUGUGAGUACUGUAUAUACUUUUUACAUGGCCAUAUUUUGAGGGGAGGGGUGCAUACCUCCCCUGAGAUUUUUGCACCUCUUCUGAAACGUCAUGCCCCGCCCCCCUUGGGAAAGGCUAAACGAUAGAUCAAAGUGAAAAUUUAACAAAUGUGUUGUUUGGGGUUGACACUUUGUAAGAAAGUUUUUCUGUAAAAUUGAAACAAUGAUGGCCAUUCAUCCCUGUGUCAAGUAUCUUUUUGAUGCAAUGUUUCGAAAGAAGCUUUGUAUUUAAUUAAUAAUAAUAAUAAUUUAUUGAUUUAUAUUGCGCAAUUAUCAAUCUUGCAAUUUUCAAAUGCGCAUUACAAAGUGUAAAAAAAUGACAGUAUAUCAAAUAUGUUACAUAUCAAAUAUCGAUCUAUAUAAAGUAAACAACUAUUCAAAAGCUUGACGGAAUAAAAAUGUCUUACAGGUAAACUACGUGAAGCGUUCCUCUUUUGACUUCGUAACUCAUUUGGAAUUUUACUCCAUUAGCUUUGCAACUUUGAAAAACUCUUUGCAAAUCCCUUGAGGGAAUUUGCAACGUUCCUAUCAGCUGUUGCAAUAUUCCAAACUUCAUUUUAAAUUUUCCUAACUUCCUGUUUUAAUUUCCUAACUUCCUGUUCUGUUCUGAGCGUUGUUAUUGGUCGAUUAUUUUUGUUAGCCAAUUGCAACACCCAGAACAGAACAGGAAGUUAGGAACUUGUAACAGGAAAUUAAGAUUAAGAAAUUUAUUGGCUUUUAGCAACAUUGCAAAUUUCCUCAAGGGAUUUGCAAGGGAGUUUUUUAAAUUGCAAAAGUAAUGAGGAAAAUUGCAAUCAAUUUAGAAACUCAAAAGAGGAACGCUUCACAUAGUUUACCUGUAAAAAUAUUUAAGGAUGAGCAACUUCUAAUAUGAUAAUCCAGCUUUGACAUUUUAUUGGUUGGGUAAGAUUAUUCUUAUUAUAGUAUUCAAUAUAUUCUCUAGCAAACGUUUCAAGGCCUUGAAUGCCACCAUGAAUUUUGUACUCGUUGUUGGAAAGAAUAUCUGACGUCAAAAAUUAUGGACGAACAAAAAGAAGUAAGAUUAGAUAUUACCAUUUGCAUUGAAGCAUUCCUCGUUAUUGUCUUAACUCAACACGAAAGACAACGCAAAGUUACGUGCCAAGUCAUCACUAUUUUGACAUGUCAAACUUAAAGUUGUCCAACCACAACGUUGGUUGCAAAACUCAGAAACAACUUCUUAACACGGCGUGGGGUAACACUUGAAUGCAAAUGGAGUAUCGUUAUAAAUUCCUCUGCUAGGUUGCAGCACAGAGUAGAGACAUACAGAGCUGUAACUGGCCGUCGUAAACACUGUGGAAGCUUACGUUUUCAUGUACCCACUUUUUUCAGACGACCAGGCAAAAAAUGAUCAACUGCGCGUGCUCGGCAAGUUCUGCGAGCAGUUAAAGCAGAUCGUCAUCCAAUUUCAUCCAAUAGGAUUCGUCCAUCUAGUAACUUGCCGAGCACAUGCACAAAAAAGUGGGUACACUAGUUAUAACUUUGUAUAUGUAUGGUAUAAUGAAAGUGUUAUUUUCUCACUCUGAUAACUACAGAUUGACCAUCAUCUGUUGGCACGAUCGUUCUUAAAGUGCAACUAACCACAAAUAUGAUUUUUGGUAUGCAUAAUAUUUGGGUCAUUCGAAGACGAAAUGUAAUAUAUCUUUUUAACAAAAAAUCCCAUCUUGAUCAGCUUUUUCACUGCCAAAGUUUGCGGAUAUGAUGUCAUUAGGUGAAUUGCAAAUUAGUUUUCCUUUGUUUUUUGUACCAAAAAUUCACCUAAUGACAUUCAUAUCUGGAACUUUGACAGUGAAAAAGUUGAUCAAGAUGAGAUUUUUACUAUAAAGAUCUGUAUUAAACAUUUAUUUUUACAAUGACCUAAAUAUUACACAUACCAAAAAUUAUAUUUGAAGUUAGUCACACUUUACUCUCGAUUUCAAUUUGCUUUUCAAAACUGACUUCCAAUGUUUACUUGUAAAUUCGGAAUGUUCGUUGUAAAGUUCCGAAGUUUGUUUCAAAGUUUGUUACGAUGAUUUACGAUGAUUCAAUAGCAAGCAAUUUGAUUGGCUGGUUCACUUAACUAGCCAAUUACAACUUACUAAACUUGAUUAUCGUAAAUCAUCGGAACGAACUUCGAAACAAACUUCGGAACUUUACAACGAACAUUUCGAAUUUACAAGUAAACAUUGGAAGUCAGUUUUGAAAAGCAAACUGAAAUCGUGAGUAAUGAAACCUAUCUAUACCGGUACAUGAUAUUUGAAAAUAAACAUCACAAUUAAUUAAACAGUGUUCAAAAUUAUAAAGUACAAUUUAUUUGUUUUCUAGAAUAUUGCAUGCCCAGCAGUAAAAUGCGACAUUUUAGUAAAUGAAACUUUUGUAGGGUAAGUAUUAUUGUCUGUUUUGCAUGUUAUUUGACUUUGUUGUAUUUAAAACAGUAAUAUAUAUUGCUUUGUUUUUCCAGACGAAUUUUGAAUGAUCAAAUAGUAAAAAGAAAGUAUCACCAUCUCAUAGCUAAUAGCUUUGUUGUAGUAAGUUGAAUUUCAUCCCUUGCUGUACAUGAAUGCUUUAUGUUUUUUUAUUAUUUUUCUGUUCAUCAUGAAUCGUUUUUAUUUUAGAAUAAUCGCUUAAUAAAAUGGUGCCCGGCACCGGAUUGUAUGAACGCUGUCAAAGCCAGCUACUCAGAUGCAAAUGCUGUAACAUGUUUAUGUCGCCAUGAAUUUUGGUAUGGAAUAAAUAUUGUAGUCAAUUCCAUUCAUCUUUUAUCAUACACUUUAUAUUUAUACUUUUUAUUCUACAUUCCAGCUUUGGUUGUACAGAACCAGUUCAUGAGCCUGUAAAUUGUUCCGUAAGUCGUACUAGUUAUUUUUUAUGUGCAGUAAUUACUGUCGUUCCAAUUGAAGUGUUGCUCAAAUAUUGAUUCAAUACAUUACCUCGGGCUGACCAAUUCAUUUGAUCAAGUUUUUCGAGAUAUUCAUACACUUCCUGUGAAAGAGCCAAUUCCAAGUAUUUGAUCAUUUCUGGUCACUUCCUUUCUAUUUAUGAUUGGUUAGUUGCACAAACAACAAAGGUGAUUGGUGCAUUCAAACUAUUCAAUAGGAAGUUUACAAUUAUACUAGGAAGUGUAUGAAUAUCUCGAGGAACUUGAUGAAAUGAAUUGGUCAGCCCGAGGUAAUUUAUUGAAUCAAUAUUUGAGCAACACUUCAAUUGGAACGACAGUAACAGUUUUGUUCAUUUGCAUCCCUCAAACAUUUCUUACAAAUCCUUCAAAACGUAGAAUUUACCAAUGCAAAAUUCCUAUUGUGAUCACAGUAGGAAUGUUCGAUAUGAGAAAUUUCCAGUAUCGGAAAUUCUAAAAGGGAAAACGAUAAUUUCGAACAUGUUUCGAACGACAUGCACGUACUCAGUGUAAAAUCUCGCUGAAGUGGAAAUUCUAAAUCAUUGCAGUAGAAAGUUCUUUGAAUUGCUAUUCAGUAGUAAAAUAAAGGUUAUGGUUUUGCCAUAUAGUUGGUAAAUUUAACACGGUAUGCUGAAAAAUUCUGGUAUAUCCGAAAUUUCGGUAUGGUUGAAUAUCCGGUAUCGAUAUACCUAGGGAGUGGAAUCUAUUGCCAGAUAACGUGAGAUGUUAAACAUCAUUUUCCUCAUUUCGUAGAAACUACUUAAAUUUGACCUUUUUCCAAACUCAAGGAUAAUAUUUGAUUUUUCCUUGCUUGUUUAUUAUCAUACUGUUUUAUCCAUCAAACUUAUUGCAAAAUUCUUAACUUUAGCUGUGCUUUGUUUAUGUAGUUGUUAAAGCAAUGGAUUAAGAAAUGCAAUGAUGACAGUGAGACUGCAAAUUGGAUUUCAGCAAAUACUAAGGUUUGUACCUUCAUUCUGCAGCAUAGAAACCAGUGUUGUAACAAGUCACCAACAGGUCAAGUCACAAGUUGAGUCACCCAAAGAUUGAGUCACAAGUCGAGUCAUUUUACUAUAUAUGGUCAUUGGUCGAGUCAAGUCAAUGGCUUCACUCGAGUCCAGCCACUGGCUACACAAUCGAGUCAUUGGCGGCUGUUGACUCGAGUCAAGUCAUUUGCAGCUGUUGACUCGAGUCGAGUCAUUUUUUGUACUUGGGUCGCAGAAAGUUGCAUCUCGAGUCUGAGUCAAUGACUUGACUCAUUACAACACUGAUAGAAACUGUCCAUGAUAAAACAUACAGUAUUUAAAAUGUGCUCAUCAAUUUGAUGAUGUUCUAGGAAUGUCCAAAGUGUCAAGUAACAAUCGAGAAAAAUGGUGGAUGUAAUCACAUGGUCUGUCGGAACAAUAGUUGCAAGGUAAUAUGGUACGACGUAGACAAGAAAACUCUUACUGUGCAUUACAGGACAUUUUAUAUCACAGAAUUUGUCCCUUCGCCCUUUCCCGCCUUCGCUCAGCGGCAGGGUCUUAGCUAGAGGGCCGUGUUGGCCGUGUUAUCGCGGCCAAAAAGGGAAAAACACGGCUAGAUAAAAUGAACACGGUUUCAUUACUUUUAUAAGGCCGUGUUUAGGUUCAUAAAAUAACAGACAGAAUUUCUUCCUAUUUACUGUACGUCGUAAGAAAGUUUGUAAAAUCUACGUUUGUAAAAUCUAUGUUUUAAUGUUUUGAUGGAUAAUGGGAACUGUAUGGUGUUAAAAUGGUUUUAAAUGCCCCCAAGAGUUGCUGAAAUAACUUGCAAAGCAUAGAACAACCACAGGUAUUGUCUGUUGUUGGUGAGCAUAACUAGAACCGUGAAUUUGGCUAUUUGAGGUAAUUGACAUGUGCACACCCUGGUCAUUUAGAAACAUGCCCAAGAUCUAAAAUCCUAGCUAAGACCCUGCUCAGCGGCUCCACUUGUGUUCCAAGGUCCGCCAUGUAAAGUGUAGUGAAAUGUGUCUCGGUACUAAUUGUAAUCACAACCCUCGAAAUUCAACUAUUUUUGCCUCGGCAAAUAAUUGCCGAAGUCUUUCGAUAAUUUUUGAGUUUGCCUCGUUCCUCAUGACAGAGGAAUUUGUCAUAAAAUGUCUCUAUGGCUUUUUUUCAGGCUGAUUUUUGUUGGGUGUGUCUAGGACCGUGGGAGCCUCAUGGAUCUAACUGGUAAGUCAUGGAUUCAGGUUGUUCUUAUAUGUGCCAGUGUACAGCAGGCCAUCUUUUACAGGGCCGUCUGACAAAAUGUCCAAUGACUUACAGUUUGGGUCGGACAUAUGUAUGAUGAUGUCCGAUGAUUUUCAGUUCAGUUUGGCUCGGAAAUAAGUCUGAAUGACACAAAUAUCAGCAUAAUGUAUUAAUUCUGAACGGUAAAUGUUAUGAAGAUAUUAAAUAAUUUUUGUCAUUCAUACUCAUUUCCAAGCCAAAAUUAACUUGAAUGCCAAUAACAACAGUAAGAUGUCGACACUUAAGUUCGUUUUCCACUUCACCAUUUCGCUCGCCGCCGACGACAUAUUGAUUUACGUCGGACAAAGUUACCAUUCGGUCGGACACCAAUACACUUGGGUCGGACAAACAAUAAACCUCAGUUUCAAUUAGGUCGGACAGAAUGUCUGGUGGUUUCCUCACUACGUCGGACAAUUUCGCGAAUGGGUCGGACAUUGUCCGUGACUGACCGAUAUUUUAAGGCCUGAGUACAGAUUUACAACUACCUGAAAAAUAUAUAUGCGGAACUUCUUGUAUAACUGUUAUCGUAAUCAAACGCAUUUUCUUUUUUAAUAUUUCAGGUAUAGUUGUAAUCGUUUUGAUGAGAAAGACUCACAGAAUGCGAGAGAGGCUCAAAAUGUAAGUUGGAACGGUCUCUGUGCAAGCUUAGCUAGUGAGAAUAACAUCAGAAUGCUGCAGAAUGAGAGGAUUUCAACUCCCUUGAAAAAUACAAGUAAAAGUUCGCCGUUUCAAGUGAUGGCCUUUCGUCUUUCGUUGUAUUUUUCAGGUGGUUGAAUCGCUCUCAAAUCUUAAUCUGCAGCUUUCUCAAAAUGUAAGUUUAUACAGUUCAAUAAACACUGUCUAGUUUGUGGGAACGUUGGACGAAAUACAACGUACUGACUCUGCUGUUUAUUGUAGAAAUCACGAUCGUCUUUGGAAAGAUAUCUAUUCUAUUGCAACAGAUAUAUGAAUCAUAUACAGAGUGCCAAGCUGGAAUGUGAGGUAAUUACCAUUCUUCUUCAAUAGCCAAUUCAAGCUAUAGACUAAGGGACCGGUCAUGAAGUAACUGCUAGGGUGGGCUGGAGUGAUUUGAGAUGUGCCGUGGAAAAUCUUUGCCUUUGGGCAGUUUUGAUGGGCCGCCAAUUUUUUUGUAUGUCCACGGUUGGGCCACCAAACAAAAACCCAUGCAUAUCUAUACUUCAAAAAAUAAAGAUAUUAAUAAUAAAAGUAAACAAAACUAUCCAAAUUAUCAAAUGCAAAUGAUGCUAUUGAAGCUAAUACUUUGGAGAGCAGCUCAGUAUGUAAGCUUGGUGGAAUUAUGUAUGUCAAUACAGUGCCGUGUAUAUUUACAAUGUUCAUACCUGCAAGUUUUUUUAUUAUAAAAGUAUAUUUUUCCAAUUUAGAUUGGGUGGGUCAUGAAAAUUUUUUUGUAAGAUUAGAUGGGCUUUUAAAUUUUUAUCUACAUCCUAAGAUGGGUCACCGAACUUAUUGGCAAAAUUUGUGAUUUACCUCCAGCCCACCCUAGCAAUUACUUUAUGACCAGUCCCUAAAUUUUGAUCUAGGCAAGAAGAACAAAAUAGAUAUUAAUUUGUAUUACGCACGCCCGCGCGUAAUACAAAUUAAUACAAAAUUUGCAAAUUUCACAGGGCUAUAUACUUUCCUCAUUUUACAACAUUUUGCAACCAAAUUUUGCAAUUUUACUAAUUUUAACAUGCUCUUUCUAGCUAUGGUAAUGGAUUUUGUUCUUCUUGCCUAGAUCAAAAUUUAGUCUCUAGCUGGAAUAAUCCAUACAGAGCUUUGAAGUACUUUUAAGCUUGAUUGUAGGACACUUUAACAAGGCUCAAAAUAACGGGAGAUAGGUCUCCGGUCAACUUUAUUUUAGCUCGGUCAAAAUCUGUUUUUUACCGGUCAUUGAUACGCUUACACUAACAGUGAAACAAACUAUUAGAGACUUGUUUCGAUACAUCAUAGUUUCAUGUUUUAAUUCAAGACAUCAGCAAUCACAUUGGAAGGCAUGAAACUGUGGCCGGUCAAGAGGCAUUUUUGGCUGGUUAUUGUCCGUUGACCGGCCGUUUAUAUGUUGAGCCCUGCACUUAUUAUAACGCCAUAAUCUUUAGCGUAUUUUGUUUGUUUUAUUAUUAGCUCGAGGCAAAAGUGGUGACGAAAAUGAAUGAAAUGCAGAAACACAACAUGUCGUGGAUAGAGGUAGACGCAAAGAAAACCUAACCUGACAUCAAGACAAUGUGCUCAUUUCCUCUGUAUUCUGCUCAUGGGUUAAUAGUGGGGUGUAAAACGUAUAUCUGUACUCCAAAUCUAUUACCCCACCCUGCUUGUCAACAUUUCUUGUGGAAGGAAACUGGAUUACUGGGAGAAAACCCACGACUUUCGGCAGAGCGUUGACUCACUCUUUUCACAUGAAGGUCUUGAGUCCUGAAUGAGAAUGGAAUCUCAGAAGUGAUUGGCUCUUGCUGUGAUGUCCCAGUAAUGUCCCAAUAACAAAGUACAUGUAUGAUUGUGAUGUUACUCUGAGUGUGCAUCCACACCGGGCAAGCUGAACAGUUUACCUGACUACGGUGGGAAUCGAACCCGCGACCUUUGGGAUACCAGUCCAAUGCUCUACCAACUAGUAUCCCAACGGUCGCGGGGUUCGAUUCCCACCGUGGUCAGGCAAACCGGUGUGGAUGCACACUCAGAGUAACAUCGCAAACAUCAUAUACACCUGAGUAUAUAACACCAAUACACAAAAAGUAAAGUACAUGUAUAUUUGAAUCCAGGUUCAGUUCUCACCGUGGCCAGCUUGCCCGGUGUUUCAGCUUGCGCCCGGUGUGGAUACACACUCAGAGUAACAUCACAAACAUCAUAUUCACCUGAGUACAUAAGACCAACACACAAAAAGUAAAGUACAUGUAUAUUUGAAUCCAGGUUCAGUUCCUGACGAAGGCUGUCAAAGUUCUCUCAAUGUGUCGUAAUACGUUAAAGUAUACCUACGUCUUCGCCUUCUAUCUUCAGAAGAACAAUCAGACAGUGAUAUUCGAGGUAUGGACAUCAAUUUUUUAAACAGUCUCGUUUCACUAAGCACCAUCGUGCAGCAGUGGUGUUCAACCCGCAGUUAUCAGAGUGAGAAAAUAAUGUUCAUUCUUUUCAUUGUAUGUAGUAGUCUUGUAUUUGGAGGCAACUAAGUAGAAUUGAGACGUUUAUUUUAAUUUUCUUGUUAAUACAAGUGUCUUGAAGUUACCCGCCAUUUGCUGCCGUGAAAUGUUUGCUGUGAAAUCCGGCCUUACCAAACUAACGUUAUUUAUUUCAGGACAACCAGAAAGACGUAGAAAUGGCGACUGAGACGCUCUCUGAAUAUCUGGAACGCGACAUCAGUUCAGAAAAUCUCGGUUGCAUAAAACAGAAAGUUCAAGAUAAAUACAGGUAUAUUGAUGAUUGAAUAAUUAAUCACAUCAUCAAUUCAUUGGUUGAUUGAAUAAUUAAUGUCAUCAAUCGAUUGAUUGAUUGAUUGAUUGAUUGAUUGAUUGAUUGAUUGAUUGAUUGAUUGAUUGAUUGAUUGAUUGAUUGAAAAAUUAAUUACACAAUCAAGUGAUCGAUUGGUUAAUUGAUUACAUCAUCAACUGAUUGAUUGAGUAAUAACUUUCUCCAUGAAUUGAUUGGUUACCUCAUUGAUUAGUGAUUGAUUUAUUAUAUGUUUAAUUGUAUUGAUUAUAUUUAUUGGCUGAGUACAUUUCCAUUAUACUGUUGAAUUGAUUGUCUUCAAUGAUUAUUGUGUGUUUGAGAGAUUGAUGAUAUAAUCUAUUAUUUGAUAAAUUUAUUGAUAUAUUUCAGAUACUGUGAAAUGCGACGAAAGGUCUUACUGGAUCACGUAAAUGAAGGAUACGAAAGAGACUUUUGGGAGUUCCAGGAUAUCCCCUAACGUAGGCUUCUAUACACAAUUAUCCAUACCUCUAGAAAGCGCGUUAGAACGUCAGCACAAAAUGACUGCGCGCGCAGCCGCUUGCUGUAAGAAAGAAGAGAAUGAACUCUGAGAAACUGCAAAAGAGAAAAUUUACUCGCCAGUGAAACACAAACUUGUUAUGUUCACAUUCAUUUGGACCGCAUCAUGGUGUUGUACAGUUUUAGUUUACAUGUAUAUAGACCUCGAGAACUGCGCUCUACCUUCAAAUCAUUUAUGUCUUAGAAAUCAAUUCUAGUUGAAAAAUAUGACAGAAUUUUCCAAAAAAAGAUGUUAUGUUCAUUUACGUUUAAGCACUGCGAUUCCUUCAGGUUUUCGUCUCGUCACGUUUUCGAAUAUUGUCAGCUGCUGUUGUCACCGUAUGCCGUUUCCCUCCAUCCCUGUUAGAAAAUACAUUAUGCAGCGAGAUAAUUCUUUAUCAAUUGAAACAAUUCGCGUAUUUCAUUUAAUUGCUAGGAAAUGACGUUCUGUAAUAAUUCGUAUGUCUUCAGUUAAAAAUAGUAUUUAAUCAUUAUAUAGCUGCGCCAUUUCUUCCAGUAGAACAAUGGCACUUUAUACUACAGUAUUUACAUUUAAAACUUAUCUACUUAAUUACGAUUUUUUCCUGUUUGAUCUAAUAUCUAAUUAUUAGGAAUUGUACAGGUAUAUUAUUCACCCUAUAGCAAACCCGUUAUAGUAUGAAAUGAG